AUGGUGGGCAAUCAGUUAGCCCCUACAAAGAAUCUGGAGCAAGUCACAUUGAGUGAGGGCACAAAGGAGAAAUACCUCUCUAGUAAAUGGGAGAUAUGGGCAUAUUACACUUAUUACAUUGGAAAUAAUGGAUUGUCUCUGUUCAACUUUGCUCCGACAGCCUUCCAGAACCUCCUUUACCAAGCGGCCGGAGACACUGGGGGCCUUGCCUUCGCGGGGAAAUUCCGUUCUGUGGAAAGCAUAGUCCUCCUCUGCAACGGGAUUUCCUUUGCCAUCCAAAUCUUGGUAUUCCUACUAAUAGGCAGCUUUGCAGAUAUUGGGAACUGGCGCCCGAAUAUUCUAAUCGUCCUCUCUCUCAUCGCAUACGCCCUCGGGUUCGCCUGGCUAGGCGUUCAUACAGCGGAUAAAUGGCAAACCGGUGCCGGGCUGUAUAUUGUCGGGCUGAUUGCUUACCAGACAACGCUUACAUUCUGGACUGCUGCAUUUCCAUCACUCGCGCGCAAUACUGCUGAGAUGCGAGAAAAGGCCGUGGAUUACGCGCACGGCACCCUCUCCCGCGAAGAAUAUGAUUACGCCGAUACCAUGAAAAGAAGCCAGCUUGCGAACACUGCCUUCUAUAUUCAGUCAGUUGCUGAGAUUGUCAUCCUUGCUGUCAUUGUUGGCAUCAUGUUUGGUAUUGAUGUCGAUGCCAGCGAAGCAAGAAACAACUGGGGCUUAAGUGUUCUGAUAGCCUUUGCAAGUGGUGUUUGGCUGCUGGUCUCAUUGCCAUGGUUCUUUCUGGAGAAACGACGGCCUGGCCAAGAUCCUGGCUCUAGGAACAUUAUCAUGGCAGGCUUGUCGCAGCUCUACUUUGCAAUGCGUCAAGUGUGGAAAUUGAAGCAGAGCUUACUAUAUCUUGCCGGAUACUUCCUGCUUGGUGAUUCAUUGAACACCACAGUCACCGUGGUUUCCACAUUGCAGAACAGUUUGGUGGCAUAUAAUACGCUACAGCUAACAUAUUUCUUGAUUGUGGGGAUCGCAGCGCAGGCCGUCGGCAUCUAUGUAUUCUGGGCCAUCCAACAGCGAUAUAAGCUUGGUACGAAGACGAUGUUCAAUGUGAUUGCACUCAGUAUUGUUCUUCUUGAUGGCUGGGGCAUGGUAGGAAUUUGGACCGACACGUUUGGCUUUCAUCAUGUGUGGGAAGUAUGGGUCUAUCAAGCUUUCUACGGCCUUUUUAUAUGCCCCUGGUAUAGUUAUUCGCAAAUCAUGAUCUCGGAGGUGACACCCCGCGGAUAUGAGUUCCUUUUCUUCAGUCUUUUCAGUAUUGUUGGAAAGACAUCUUCGUUCAUUGGACCUCUUGUGUCCAGUGCCAUCAUCGAUGCUACGCCUUCCGGCAAUGCAUCCACACCCUUCUAUUUUCUAUUCGGAUUGAGCCUUUUAAGCUUUGGAGUCUUGUUCGUCGGAGUUGAUCUGCAGAAGAGUCGCUUGGAGCAAGAGCAGUUUCUGAGUAACACCCAGGCAGUCGAACCUGCGCGUGUUGAUCGCUCACUGAUGUCGAAAGAGAAGCUUCCGAUGGAGCGUCACUAUCUCGAGGAAGAGCCCAACAGCGCCCCGCAGUGUGUGGUCGGGCCGACGACGAAGUCACCGCAGCCUUCUUAUUUCCCACCAGGACACAACGAUAAAUAUGUCGUUAAUCAACAGGGUCAGGCGCAAUGGGCCACAGAAACGACCCAACCGUUCGUAGCCGGUGAUACAGCUGGACCGAAGAAGACAAAGCGAUGGGGGUGGAUCCUGGUCGCUUUGGCGGUAUUUGCGAUCAUUGUGGUCGCUGCGGUUGUAGGGGGCGUUCUGGGCAGCCGCGCUGCCCAUAAGAAUAGCAGUAUUCAAAGCGACUCGGCCUUAUCAUCGUCAUCAACUCCCUCAGCAAAUAAUAGCACCAACACUCCGACUCCCUCCACCACCAUUUCUAACAACAAUCCGACGUCUACUACGACGAAUCCCCCAUCUUCCACCAUCACGUCGACGGACAAUAAUCAAUCCUCAGCAAACAACGGGACCACCCGAUUAGCCACAUUUGACAUGUAUGGAAGCGACACCUGUGGCGGCACGGAUGAUUCUUUUGCGAUUACUAGCGGUGGGUCCCAACGGUGUGUCCUUGUUCCCUCCGACAAGAGGUCCAUUCGAGUGGUUGAUAACAGCUGUAUCAUCACGACAUGGAGCGGCAGCGACUGCAAGGGGUCGAGUUUCAGAGUGCCGGAUACCAUCCAUGUGCUCUUCCAACCCGCGAACCAGAGUCGACGCUAUGACGCUGUUGGCGCUUAG